GAAAUAAUUGAUGUGGCCUGAUGUCUGCGUAUAAAGAAGGUCUCGCCGGCCAGCGGCAGACUUCGGCAUAAGGAGCAGUCUAGUCAGUGAGCGGCAUGGAGCCACCAUGGGCUGCAGGAACGGCGGCGGUUGCGAUCUGGCGCAGAUCCGGGGGAAGGAGCGAGCCGCGCUAGCGUGCUUCCAACAGUGCGGAAAGCGGUGCGUAGGUGGAAAGCGCGACGCAGUAAAGGAGCUUGGGCCACCAGCCGAUAACACUCCCACCUGAGAGAGCUAUUCUCUUUCAAGUGACUUCUUCCUCUGACCUUGUCCGCACCUCGCAAAGGCACUCGUCGGCCUUGACGUGCUUCUCUCGCCAUGGCAACUGUCACUAUAGGCAGGCCCUACUUUGAUGCCCUACUACGUCGAGCUGAAUUCCAUACUUCUGGUCAUGAUUUCGAUACCACCCCAAGCUUGUCGAACAAUGUGACCAUCUCCAAAGCCGAGUAUGAUUACUUGCUACAAGCUGUUCGAGAAUAUAAUCUUCUCAAGAGCGCACUAUUUCGCGGUGGACUCACGGUCGAAACCUUGGACACGUUGCUUGCGGGUGAGGGCGCUGCACACGACGAGCCGAAGACAUACACGAGUCUGUCAAGUUCCUGGGAAGAGACGUUUGCCCGACCUCAAUCCGUGCCCGUUGUCGUUAGCCGUCCUCAACUCGAAGACUCUCCGCCCACCUCACACAAUAUGACCCUUGAAGGCGCCGUAAAGCUGCGGAAGCUCUCCCAGCCCCACAACAGGGUCUACAGCUACGACCAGCUUGAUUCGUUCGAAACGUCAGAUAAGGAGGAGGAAGAUGUGCGCGAGGCUGCCAACCGUGUUCCUGUGCAUGAUCAACGGACGGUCCUCAUCACCAACCUUUCCGACCGAACCACACACAAGGACUUGGUUGACAUCAUCCGAGGCGGACGCGUUUUGGACAUCUUCCUCCGCAACGAUCGUUCUGCUACUGUGUCGUUCGUUGACGGCGCAGCUGAUUUCCUGGCCCAUGCAAAGCGCAAAGAUAUCUACCUGCAUACGAAGCGGCUUGAGUUCCGAUGGAACGAUCGUCAGUUCCAUGUGCCCCAACAUGUCGCGAACAAGAUUGCCAGCGGAGCCAGCCGUAAUCUGAUCGUUCGUGGAGCGCUAGGAAAACUCACGGCAGAUCAGAUCCGUGAUCACCUUGACCACAUACACAAUCUUGUCGUCGUCGACAUCUAUUUCCGAGGUGGCGAUGCCUUCAUCUCCACCAACUCUAUUCAUAACGCGUUGUUCGCGAGGACUUGUAUGAUGUCGCGCACUGUAUACAAAGGCUUGCGCAUCGACUGGUGUCCCGACGAAUGCGCGGCACCUUUGCCUCGACCUGUAGCGAAGGUUCUGGACUUGACUCCAACUAUUCAGAGAUCUAUGCCUAUCACCAACCGCUAUACGCUCCUGGAUACCGUAUCCGAGCUGGGUUCCGAUUCGGACGAAGAGACAUACAUGACAAGCGGCGUUCGAGUGAGCAGUCAGUGGGCUGAUGCCGCCGUGGCCUAAGGGUGUCUGCCGCCUGAAAACGCCGUGACCGCCGCUCGUAAAUAGCUCCACCGGUCUUAACUGGAUUCCUUGUGGCACCCUCUCGGUGGCUACGACUUCUUCGCACCGAUACAACAGAUCAGUGCCCCCGCAUCGGGCGCACCCAUACCGGUUGUCUCGCGCAUGCUACCUCCUCUCGUUCAUUCAGUGUCGUGAUCAGCGGGCAUUGUAUACAAUUAUCGGUCCGCACAGAGGGUACCUUGGUUUUCUAUGGUGUAUUCAUUUUCAUGUGGGGUCUGAGCUCUUCAUUGACCUUGCCAAUGGAUUCUCUAUCAUCCUAGCAUUAGUGUAUGGCGUUGAUGGACUUCGGGAUUCAUCCUUCAACAAAUCAUGUCCUGUUUUUUUCGAGCAUAGAUACCCCAAGCGCCC